AUGAAGCAACCGGAUGGUUUCAUUCAAAAAGGGGAAGAAGAAUUGGUUUGUAGGUUACAGAAAUCAAUAUAUGCAUUAAAACAAGCUUCAAGGCAGUGGUAUUUGAAGUUUGAUGAAGUUGUGAAGUCUCAAGGUUUCAUUGAUAAUCCCUUAGAUGAAUGCAUUUAUCUCAAAUUUCAUGGAAGACAUUAUAUUUUCAUGCUCCUCUAUGUUGAUGAUAUUCUCUUAGCAAGCAGCAAUCUGUCAUUAUUACAUGACACUAAGAGAAUGUUGUCAAACUAUUUUGAGAUGAGUGAUUUAGGCGAAGCAAAUUUUGUAUUGGGGAUUGAAAUAAGUAGAGACAGAGAAAAGGGAUUACUUGGUUUAUCACAGAAAGGAUAUAUAGAAAGGAUACUCAAAAGAUUCAAUAUGGAAAACUGCACAGGAUGUGAUGUUCCAUUCUCAAAAGGUGAUAAAUUGAGCUGUGAACAAUCUCCUAAAACUGAGCAAGAGAAGCUGGAAAUGCAGGACAAGCCCUAUGCUUCACUUGUAGGAAGCUUGAUGUAUGCACAGGUUUGUACAAGGCCAGACCUUGCUUUUUGCAUUAGUGUUCUUGGAAGGUUUCAAUCUAACCCAGGCCAAGCACAUUGGGUAGCAGGCAAGAAGGUCUUGAGGUAUUUGCAAAGAACUAAAGAGUACAAACUGGUUUAUCGAAGAGUUGAAGAAUUAAAAUUGGAAGGAUAUGCUGAUGCAUAUUUUGCUGGUUGUUUGGAUACUCAGAAAUGCACAUCAGGUGUUGUAUUCUUGUUUGCAGGAGGAUCAAUGGCAUGGAAAAGUGUAAAACAACAAAAUGUAUCAACCUCAACCAUGCAGGCUGAAUUCUUAGCAGUUUAUGAAGCUACUUCAAUAGCAAUAUGGCUUAAGAAUUUUAUGUCAAUGUUGAGAAUUGUGGAAUCCAUAUAG